AUGACCCCCACACACUUUGCCUUCUCCUCAGCCUUUCUUCUGGGUUUAACAGGCCUGGCAUUCCACCGGUUUCACCUCCUUUCCGCUCUAUUGUGCCUUGAAGGAAUAAUACUAUCCCUAUUUAUUGCUCUUUCCCUAUGAACGCUACAACUUGACUCAACCAACUUUUCAGCAUCUCCAAUACUUCUGCUUGCAUUUUCAGCCUGCGAAGCAAGCGCCGGUCUCGCCCUAUUAGUAGCCACUGCUCGAACCCACGGGACCGACCGAUUACAAAGCCUAAAUCUUCUCCAAUGCUAA